CAAUAUAGAGGGCGCUCAGAUCGGGUGAACAAGAUGGCGUGUUCUUCAAAAUACCGGUUGAAGCAGACACCCACAGAUGUAUGGUCGACACGAGAAAGGCUUUGUUUAGCCUCAUCUGUACUCAGAAGUGGGGACCAGAAUUGGAUGUCCGUAAGCAGAGCAAUUCGACCAUUUGGAGAGAACAACCGGCCAAAUGAUUGGUUCUCGCAAAAGAACUGUGCAUUGCAGUAUUUUGAUCUCUUAGAAAAAGUUGAAUCACCAAAGCGAAAACGAGGAGAACGCGGAGAAAUCGACACUCCGGGCGCCCUGAUCAUCCGCAAGCUGACGAUCGAAAGAAUAGAAGAGCUGAAAAAAGUGAUCCAGGAUGAGCAGCAGAGACAUAAACGCUAUCGUAGAGAGCUCGACCUUCUCAAGGCAGGCCAUCUGGACGAAAAGCUGGAGGAAGUCUGGAAGCAAGUUCAAGAUGAAAUGCGAGCCAAAGAGAUAGCCGAGAUCGAAUUCCAGAAAUGGGUUAAAGACAGGGAAAUCCAGUUAGCAGCGAUCCGUGCUGCUCGUGCUACGGGAUCAAAGAUCAAGAAGGCACGGGGGACCCAUGAGGUGCGCCGCAGCAGUUCACAGUCCGAACAUAGCGAGCCUGACAGUGUUGCCGAUUCACCGCUGAGUGUUGAGGUGGAAGAUGUGUCCAGCCCCUUGCCCACAUCUGUGCACCGGAGCGACGGAGAUGUCAUGUCAACGCCCCAGAGAUCCCAUCCGUCCCCAACUCUAGUGACCGUAACUCCUUUAACGCCUCCAGCAGCAUCUACUUCCCUCCUUACAUCUUUAUUGAAGUCUCCCACGCCAGCCAGUCCAGUUUCUUCAUCUUCGGGACUGUGUUCUUUGACCUCUUCACCCGUUCAUCAACCCAAAGAGGGUUCCAUUCCAACAACGCUCCAAGGGAGUCCACGGGCCAGCUUACCACCCUCCUUUUUCAACCCAAUGGCUGCGCGGCAACUGGCAACGGGGGCCGUCUCCCCGGGGGUGUCAAACACUUCCGGCCAGCAUCAUAUCUCUCCAACGCACGGGGAAUCUCCCCUUCAUGGGUCCCGCUCCCCAGGAGGCGCUCUGUUAUCUCCUCAUUCAGCAACGUCAUCUGCCCCAACGCUCUCCAAGUUGCUGGAGUUGCCCCCGAGUACCCCAGGCGGCAGGCUGCCUUCGUUGCCUUUCUUCACGUCCCAAGCGAGCUCACUGCCACCAACCGUCACCCAAGUUACAGUGCCCGCUCCCGUGGAAAUUCCAACUACACAGAGCACUGACACGACUGAUGCGAGUUCCUCCAAUGUGGAAAUCCCAACAGAGAAGGAGGAAGAGAUAAUGUUGACAGAGAAGCCAGAUGUGCCUUUUCCUUCUACGGACGUCGUGGAAGAAAUUCCCGUUCCCGAAGCGGAACCGGCACCUCCGACGCCCGAGGCCACGGAGCUCAUGGAAGAGCCAUCCGAGGAACCGAUACCCAUUGAAAAUGAAGUGAAGAUAGAUGUGAAAGAAGAAGAGAUAGAGGUUGAAGAAGAUCAGAUUGUGUCAUCUACGGAAGCGGAAUCUAUAGUGGAGGCUGUUGCCUCAGAAGAGAUGGUAGUAGAAGAAACUGUCAUAGAAGACUCCUUGUCAUCUGGAGUCAACAUUGAAACGGAAGAUGACAAAGUGAGCGUAAAAUCGGAGACACUUGACCUUGAGAAGGGCGUGUCUGUGGAUGCAGUUGACAUUGCGGAUGACAGGAGUGCGGAGGAGACCUUGACCAAGGACAUAGUGUGUCCAGAUAGUAAACCUUACGUUGAAGAAGAUACGGAAGAGAAGGACGAUGCAGAAGAACAGCAGACGGCCGACGAAAGCGAGAAGGAAGGCAAGGACACCGGCAGAUCUGAAGACAAUGACGACGAGCCAUCCUCUCCCAGCUCCCCCAAGAAGAAGGCCAACCUUAAAUUUGGUAUGUUGCGUAGACGAAAUCCGCUACGUUUAGUCGAAGAGGAAGAAGAGGACCGAGACUCGAAGGACGCUUCCAUGCCAGAGACUCCAAGCUCGGCAUCGCCGGCAGCUGAAACUUCUUCAAAUGUUGACGAGCCAGCGAGCGAAGAUGCCGAUGAUGAGAAAUUGAAAGACGACAAAUCCUCUGUGGAGGACGUAAAGACCCCAGAGACCCCCGCGGUGGACACUAAAGACGAUACCUCGCAACAUGCUGACUCUGGCGGAGAGGAAGUAGCGAACGAACUAAGCAAGCACUUUGCUGGCACAUCGAUGAGCGAUUCUGUUCCAAACAGUCCCGCAUCAAUGCUGCACAGUGACGACCCUGAAAGCUUGCGGGACUACAAGCUUUGGAAGAAGGCCAUCAUGUUGGUUUGGAGGGCUGCUGCCACUCACAAGUAUGCCAAUGUUUUCCUUCACCCAGUGACAGAUGAAAUGGCACCUGGGUAUCACAGCAUUGUGUACAGGCCGAUGGACCUCCUUACUAUCAAGAAGAACAUUGAAAGUGGUUACAUCAAGACGACGCUGGAAUUCCAGCGGGAUAUAAUGCUCAUGUUCCAGAAUGCCAUCAUGUAUAAUAGUUCUGACCAUGAUGUUUUUCACAUGGCCAUUGAAAUGCAAAAGGAAGUCAUGGGUCACAUUCAGGAUUUCUUAGCCACGCAGCUUAUGGUGAGGACAACAGAAACCAAAACAUUACGUGGCCGUGAACGAGAUGUUCGUGAGAAGAAACCAGAGACUCCAAAAGAGGAAAAGGAGGAUGAAAAGAAGAAGAAACCCACACCUGGGGCACCCACCGAAGAACCGCAGGCAAAGAAACGCCGCACUCGUACCAAUGAGUGACCUCCCCCGCCCCAAAAUAUUUGCACAUCAUUUAUGUACAUGUCCACAUAACAUAUUCACUGUAUUAUACCACCACCAGGAAUAGUGGAGGUCGUUUUGUGCCCCACCAUGUACGGCAGUCCCUGUGGAUACCCCCCUUUUGUAGCUCUUUUGUAUUGUAUUAUGCCAUAACUGGCUGCAAACGUUUUUGUCCAAGGCAGAACAUAGCACUCCAAGUUGGUAAUCAAGAGAUCAUUUUCCAUACUUGCUCAAGUGGAAGCUGACUGAGCAACAUUACGGUACAGACAGUUAACGAUCUUCUCAGAAUUAAGUGUAACGCAAGAACAUGGCGAAGUUGAAUUAGAGAGGUAAUGCAUAGAACAGAUUUUGUAUCUCAAACAAUUUUGUAUUUAACAUGGGGUGCCAGGGUAUUGCCAGCGGAACCUUGCUUUGCAGCCAUUCCUUAUAUGUAAAUGGAAGAAAUGUGAGCAAUGUGACCGGGUGGAUUUUAAGAGCUGCACUUUGUGUAGUGUCUGUAUAUUACUACAACAGCUUUGUACUGUUUACAUCUUAAGCUUUUUUUUUUUUUUUCCUUCCUACUGUACAGUUCUUGCAUCUGGCCAAAGUGUGGCCACUUUUUUUUUACUGCAACAUUGUUCGAGCCUGUGUAAUCACAUCUGUGUAUGGCAUUUUGUAGUUAGUAAUUUUUACACCCUGUAACCCUCAUUGUUAACAACAUUGGCUGCUUACGUGCUGUAACAGUGGACCUUCCCAGUAAAAAAAAAAGACUCAAAGAAUUUGUUGCAAGGCUUCUCCCCCGUUUUAUUUCAAUUUUGAAGAGUGUCAACAAAAUGCGAAUAAGCUCUCCAAGGCUACAUAACCACACUUCCGUUUUUCUUUUUCGGAAGUGAAGCAGCGUAGAGCAAAAACCCAGGUUCGCAAUUACAUUUCUGUGCUCCUCCUACGCUGUGGUUGGGCUUUGAACCCUGCACAUAGUAAACGUGCGACCUCAAUAAAUCAUACAGCAUUAUUGGUUACACGGAAGAUGGGAUGCUAAUAAAAAACUAACGGGAUGGGCCUGGGACCAAAGUGCCAAAACUGGGGUUUCAAUUGCACACCCACAACAGUUUCCAAGCACAGCCCUCUACCAGAGUCUAACGGGCAGUCUUCCAGCCCUCUUCGUCAGCCUCAUCUUGAGGUUUGCUUGAACGGUCCUCCUUGUCACGCCAAGAGACUGAGAAGCAGUCAUCUGCAA